AUGGAUGCUGUGCGUCGAGGAGCGCUAGUGCGAAGGAUAGAAAGUGGGCCAAAGGGGGAAUGGGGUCCAUCAGGAGCGCAAAAGGGCCAGAACCGACGACAGGAACUGGAUGCUGCAACGUCCGAAGGGCCAUCAGACCUCUUCGAACGGCUGUUCCCUGACCAGAAGGCCGAGACACAUGGCGCUGGACUAAAAGCACCCGACUUGCACGCCGACCUGCCUCCUCUACCGCUUCCUAAAUUUGCGCUAGCACCCGCAGCACGCAAAGCCCGCAAGCGCUUCAAAGAGUAUGAAGAAACAGGUAUGGCGCGCGGCGCUCUGCGCAUGAGAGACGACAUGGCCAAUCAGCUCGCCGAAACAUCCGUGCUUGUCUUGAACAACGCCAGCCCGAACCUGGUCGAGGACGAUUUUAGGCGGCUCAUACCGCAAGGCAGGCAUAUCGAAGGCUGGACCUUGGAACAGGGCGACAUUUUGCGCAUCAUUCCCGGCCGCGACCUCGCAACUCUCGCGCCGCUCGACUCCUACUUCCUGCUGUUCUCCUCUCCUCUGAGUGCGUUUACAUACCAGGGCCACGUCGCUCGCAUCCACGACAUUGUCGCUUCGCAUUCGCCUGCAGACAUCUUCUCGCCCAUUCCACCUCCCGCGGGCUUUCGAAUCCACGGCAUUGAUGCUCACACGGCCAUACAAAACUUUACUCUGGUUCCCCCGACCCAGUCUCUAGAUCUGCGGAAGCUCAAGACGCCGCUCAACAGCAAGAUCCAGUCACUCGUCCAACAUGGCGGCUAUCCUGCGCUUGUGAAGCGGCCGGACCGCAUGCCAUUCGAAGCGCGACUGACUCUGGAAGGUCUGCCGCUCACGACCAACAUCAUUCGCCUCAUUCUCCUGCAAACGGCUAAAACCCGAGCACUUGGCUGGUCGGGUAGCGAGGAUCUGACGCCGCAGUUGUCGAGAUGGAAGCCCCCUUCCAGCUUCAGAGGCGCCUACCGCGAUGCAGCGGGUAAAUGGCACAGUGAAAGCCAUCGGCCAGCAUAUGAAAAGCCCGAUGAUGAUUCUGCACAGGAAAACGAUGAGCAGAAGCAACGGACAACGUCACCGGUGUACAUUGUCGGCUUUCAUACGUCGCGCGCACUGCAGAGCUUCGUGCACUAUUGGCACCGGCGGCCCAUGGAGGAUCCCGGUACCCCGACAUACGGACUUGAAGAGGGCGACACACCGCCGAUUGCCAACGUCGAGGUCCUAUGGUGA